AUGAAUGAGGAAUCAUCCACCAUCAUCUCAACAUCCUCGUCGCUUACUGAGGAUAAUUAUGAAUCAGAUCCUGGGUCUUGUGUCGGUAACGAACGAGAUCCCGGUGAUGGAUACAACGUACUUGACGAAGAAGACGGAAACGAGCAUACUGACAUCGCCGAAAAUUACAGUGACGACCAACACUCGGUCUGUAGCAACUGCAACCCCUCCCCUGAAGAAAUGGACCAGUAUUCUGCCUCUGGAGAUGAUUCGGAUCUCGAAGAAGAAUACGGCACUGCAGAAGGUUACAACGACGGUUACAUGUCAGACGAUCAGGCUGAAUACGGUGAAGAAGACACUUACGAGAGAUCGUAUCCCGAAGUCUUCAUUGCUCUCCAAUUCUCCAAAAGCGUGUCCCCGCCCAAAACUCCUUACUCGGCAUCGUCUCUGCCUGCGCCUCCACUUGACAAAAACUUGUUCUGUCAUUGCCAGCCCAAGCCAACGUCAGCCAACCCUCACCAACUCCAUUCAAGAGUCGAGUCUUGUGUUGUCGCUAUCGUUGGCUAUCUCUUCUGUAUCUUGGUUUUGUCUGUCAGAUGUACAGUGUUGGUACAGAAUCAGAACAAAGAAAAGGGCAUGUUCAACGUACCUCGGUCUAUCUGUUUUCCUACAUUCCCUUGUGCUUUGUGUUUGUCAUCCUCCAACAAUUCGCUCAUUUCGCCGUCACGUCAUCCCAAGAUCCUCGUGGACGAAACAAUGAGUACGAAUACAACAGGAAGCAAGAAGAACCGACCUGCUUACUUGCUGCUGAGUAAAAUUGCGGUGUACGGCCUUGUUUUAGUCCAGAUCUGGUGCAUUUCCAGCAUCUGCAACGCCGGCGAUUCCACCAGUGCAUUGUUAUACAACCUACAUAAACAAACGGUCGUCGAGGUCAAUCAACACGAACAUAAUCAUAAAGUUGACAAACUAGAUUUACUCACCAGGUUUUGCUGGUCAGAUCCAGCCACCCCCCUUCGUUUCACUCCUCGUCUCUCGUCAUUAGGCGACCUAGGGAAGUACGACGACAUCACAAAGAUGACCGCCGUCGACGAUCUCACGAAGAGAAUCGCCCAAAGGAGUCACACGAAGUGA